GCCAAACAAAGCAUAAAAUAUUAAAUAAAUACUGAAAUCGUAAAAGCAGCUGCCUAAGUAGGGAAAUAUGACACGUAAAAGAAAAAUAAGGAUUCCUGAAGCGACCAUCACGGAGGAGAAUGAAGAAAACGAUGCGAGUGUUGAGAACAAAAACAACAUAUUUGCGGACAAGGAAGCACAGAAAAUGGGAGAAAUUAUUUUGGAAGCACAAAAGAACGCCAGCUUACAUGAGAAAUGCAUUCAACAAAUGCACAAACUUUACAAGCUGCUUGCCCACGACAAGUUCAUAAACGUAAUGUUACACACUGUACAAUUCGCUUUAACUAAACCAUUGGAUAACAUUGCGACAAAUUGUACAUUGGAAUUCUGUGCCAAAUUGUUUGUGUCUUUCGAGCAGGAUAAUGAGGAGGAUAGCACUCAUCCGGUCGUUUGUGAUGUCUUUAAAUGGUUACUCGACACUACCAGCAUCGAUUCCUAUGUGCGUUUUCGGAUCUGUCAGUUCGUCAAUACAUUCUUCAAUGCAUUCAAUGAUGAGGCACAGAUGGACAACGCUAUUUGGGAUAACAUCCAAAAAAUUAUGAUAGAGCGUCUACGGGACAUUGACAUGAAUGUUCGACAGCAAGCAGUCUUGGCACUACAACGUCUACAAGAUCCUGCAGAUCCAGACGAUAAAGUUAUCAAGGCAUACAUGUUCCAUAUGGAAACAGAUCCAUCCGCAAAAGUUCGUAGAGCAGUCAUUUCGUCCAUAGCAAAAAAUCAAAGAACGAUUCCCUCCAUCAUUGCGCGGCUUUGGGAUGCUGACGAAAGUGUACGUCGUCUUGCCUACCUUCAAAUGGCAAAAUACCCAGUGACGAACUUUAAAGUCAUUCAACGGAUUCAGAUUUUGGACCAAGGAUUGACGGACCAAUCGAAUCUGGUGAAAAAAUGUGUUGCGCAAAUUUUGCUUCCCAACUGGAUUCAGGUUUAUGAUGGAAAUUACCUCAAUUUUAUAAGUGGUUUGAAGAUUGAUGCAACGGAAGAAGAUCUUGAAAGGUUUAAAAAAAUCGCGGUAAAUGCGCUACAAGAGAUUUUUCGUCAAAAAAAAUCUGAAGACUUUAUCAAAGCUCUCAAUUUGAGCCGGCAUGAGGAAACAAAAAAAUGUGUGCAACUGGAUAGUGUGAAAAACAGUGUUGAAAUUCUUGUGCUAUGGCAAGCGGUCAUCAAAUACUUGAUUGCUUAUGAUGAUGAGGAUGUAGAUUCGGUUUUGCCAGAUAUGAGUGUUAUUGCAGAUUGUUUGAAAAAUUUUAUUGAAGAACACUAUCAAAUGGUGGAGCAAAGCCACAAUAAGUUGGAACAAAUGUAUUUUCAGUUCGAGAUUCUUUUGUUACUUGAAAUUAUCAAUGGGUAUGACUUUGAUGAUGAAAUUGGUCGUCAAGCCCUUCAAAACAUCCUAUUGGAUAUUCUACAGAAAGUAUCAUUGGAAGAGUCCUGUAUUAAAGUUGUUUUAGAGAUUUUGGAAAAAAUUAUCCCGAAUGCUGAACACCGUCUGGAAUUGCUUGUGAAUGUAAUUCGUGGUGUUACCGAACAAACACUUACCUUCAAUUUUGAAGAGACAAAUAAAAUUGUCGAUGAACAUUUGAAGACUAGCUCAAACGUUAGUUUGAUGACUGACUUGUCAGAAAUAAAGUUGGAAGUGUUGGAGCUCAUCGAGAAACGGGAUACGGCAAAGGAAAGAAACAAUCAUGCUGAAGCACUACAAUUCCAGACAGAAUUGGAAAACAAGCAAGAAGAAUACAAAUUGAAAAUAAAGCCCAUCUUGGAGGCUAGCAAAGACCCAAGUGUAAUUGCUUUAGCAGAUUCAUUGUAUAAUCGACGUCGCUUGUCUCCCGAAACCAUCUCAAAAUGUUUGAACAUUUGUUUUUACAUGGUAGCUUUGAAAUCUGUAAAAAAUUUAACUCCCAGCGUUUGUGACUUGUAUCGAAAAUUUGUGUGUAACUACCUAGAAAGUCAAGAUGUUAACUAUCGCAAGUUGGCUCUCCGUGUUGCAACAACUUACAGUAUGUUGUACGAAACAUUGGCAACUGAUGUUUACAGAACUCUAGGAAAACAAUUAAUUAGCACUAGCUCAAUAGCCAUUAUGCAAACAGCAAUCCAAGGUAUCUUCGAGUUGUUGGACUUUUAUGGUUUCGAGAAAUUCCAAUUAGUAACAUCGAUCAAUACGACAAAAAAGACGGGGCGCACUUUGUAUAAUACAAAUGCCGAUGAUACCGAAGAUGAAGAUACUUCCAUAGAGCACACCGAUUUAAUUAACUCAUUACUCAGUGUACUGGAUAAGUGUGCAGAUGAUUCCAUUAUCCUUGCUACAGUUAUGGGAUUUUGUCGUUUAAUCUUACACAAAUGGAUAACUGCAUCAAAUAUUGUAGCCAAGUUGUUACUAAAAUUCUUUAAUCCUGCUACUAUAAAUGGAGUAACACAAAUUCUCGGUGCUUUUUUCAAAGAAUUGAUCAAUCGUCGCCAGCAAGAACUGCUUCAACAAGCAUUAUUUCCCACUUUGAAGCAGAUCAUUGACGCUCCCGCAGAGUCUCCCUUGCAAGAUGUUGAAACAACAAAACUGGUUCAGUUUGUUAUCAAUUCCACUAGACCAGAAUUCAGUGCACCAGGUCUAAAUAUUCACAAUACAAUUGCAAUGCACUUUUUCAACAUAAACAAGGACGAAUCUGAUUCUGAAUCUAACACUGAGCUUAUUAAAUUACUGGCAGGCGAAUUACACACGUUAGAAAUCAGUGAUGGAUACUUGCGAGAUGACUUUAAAGAAACCGUUGACGAGUUUCUCAAAGAUGUUAAGGACCCAAAAAUAGUUAAGAAUUUGUUAAAGUUUAAAGACAAAUUAACUGAAAAAAGCAAAUCAAUUGCCGAGUCCUCAACACAUAACUCUCAAACUUCAUCGAGUGUGGCAGACGAUAACUGGGACGAAGGAGAAUCCCUUUCUUCAGAAGGACAGAAUGUAACGGAAGUUACUAAUUCAGUUUUCAAGGUUCCAGAAGCCAGGCAAAAACCAACUGACACGUUUAUUCCAUCUACAUGUUUGAAUGUCGACUCCACGUCUACGGAAGUAGACGACAUCCUGAUAAACCAAACAGAGAAAAGUUUUUCAAAAACCAAUGAAGAUGCACUGCCUAAUAUUCUUGUGCCUGCAACUCAAGAGCAGGAUACAUUCUUUGUGACAUCAACGCAAAACGAAUCUAAUGAAACCUCGAGUUUUGAUUCCACUGUGACUAACAAAUUUACUCCUAAAAAAACCGUAGUAACACGACGUAACAAGCGUGAACACCCUCCGAAUUCACCAUCGAUUCCGUCACCAGUGAGAAAAAUGGAAAAGCGCGGUGCCGUUGUAGAAACAACAUCAGCAAAUACAACUCGAAUUACACGAAAAAUGGCUAUAAAUAAUAGUAUGAGCCUUUCUCCAAUGGAAAAAAAUAAGUCAAAAAAAGAUACACAAGUUUCUGUAAUGCAAAAAAAGUCUGAUAAGACAAUUGAGAAGAAUUCAGAACGCUCUUCCCUGCCUUUACAAAAACGAGUAUCAAAACCAACUGAGAAGGCAAAGGCAAUUAAGGAAAAGGAUAAAAAGAAGGAUGUAACAAGAGCAUCUACAGAUAAAACUAGUUUAGCAAGUCCUGGCAAUUCUCCACAAAGAUUGACACGUUCAUUCAAUAAUGUACAAUCAACACCGAAAACUCCUAACGCACCCAAAAACAAAAUAGCUAGUACAUCAACUAAAAAAGCACCCGAAAUCGUUCCAGAAACUCCACCAUCCGCAAGUAAAACAAAAACAACGAAAAAAGUCACCGAUAACCCAGACGUUAUUCCAGGUUCCCCUAUCGGAUUAAUUGGUCUCCGUUCAUUGACAAAAAAGAAUUUACGCAGUAGAAAUCCUAAAAAAAAACUGGCAUAAAAUGUUUUAUUCUAUUUCGAUUUAUUUUUUUAUGUUUUUUUACUCAAUAACUAUAAUACUACAUAUAAUACAUUUGAGACAAAUAAAAAUAAAAGUAAAUA